AUGAGUGUCGCCGGCAUCCACCGCUUAACUCUUUCUCUACUGCCGUCUUCUUUCCCUACUCCAUAUGCGUCCUUCGGUUUCUCCUCUCUCAGCAUCCCCGCCAAUCGCAAGCGGAAUCAAUCCGUAGUCCACCAUAGUCACCGAUUGGUUACCUCCUUUAGUCACAAUGCUUCUGAUCAAUCUGAUGAUGCUGAAGCUGUCCCUUCCUAUGAUGAAGGAGACAUGUUGGAUAAGAAUGGGACAAGCAGGAAAAACCCGUUCGUUUCAGAAGAGCUUCUCAAGAAAUUGAAGAGAUAUGGAGUCUCUGGAGUAUUGUCCUAUGGCUUACUUAAUACAGUCUAUUACACCAUAGCUUUCCUCUUGGUAUGGUUCUAUGUAGCCCCAGCACCUGGAAAAAUGGGUUAUCUUGCUGCGGCUGAGAGAUUUCUAAAAGUGAUGGCCAUGGUUUGGGCUGGAAGCCAAGUUACUAAGCUCAUGAGAAUAGGAGGGGCAGUGGCACUUGCACCUAUAGUUGACAGAGGAUUGUCGUGGUUUACUGUAAAAUGCAAGUUUGAAAGUCAAGGAAAAGCCUUCGGCGCAUUGGUUGGGAUAUGUCUUGGUCUGGCUUUGUUGCUGUUUACCGUUGUGACACUGCUCUGGGCAUAG